UAAGACAAGUUUGUAACGCAAGCGUUAGGAUCUUUCUAAAAUUUCGUAUUUAAAAUGGCAGAGAGUUCGCAAACAAGUGGAAUCGACAAGCAGCUUUUCGGCGCCAAAGACGAACCCGGCCGAAAAUCGACGCCAGAAACGCAGGGCGGAGAAGAGGCAACAAAAGCACAAUCUAAUGGACGUUUGGAGAGCGGGUUUAAAGGUCAGGAAAGUUCUUAUUUUGUUCCCGACAAAAAAAAUACUGUCGAUAAUUCUGAGAUGAAUACGGCAGGAAAAGGAGAAAUCUUUGCGGAGAAAAAAGCAAGUGAAACGGCAACUGACCGAGAAGAAAGCACCUUACAGGACAGCAAGAAAAUCGCAACGACGGAAGAAACAGCUAAAGAAAGUACGAACAAAGAAAGCCAAGGUGAACAGGAGACACAAAGAACUCAAGAGUUAAAGAGCAAUGAAAAACAAACCCUCAAACCUGAUCAAGCCAACAGCACCAAAAAGGGGAGAUUAAGUUUUCGCCGCUCUAAGAAAGGUAAAAUUUCCAAACGCAAAGCCUCACUCGAUGAAGAAAAACGUGUUGAAAUUUUGAAAUGUGAAACUAUCGCAGAGGAUCCGAAGAUCUUCGAGGAGAAGACGGAUGAGAUUUGUGACAAACGAGCGGAUAAAGCUGACGAAGCGAAAUUCGAGACUGUUGAAGGUUCGGUGGAGAUGGAAAACAGAGAACCGUUUACUUCUCCCGAGGGAGUCCAAAACGAAAAGUCCACAGCGACGAACAACAAAGGAAUGAAUAUAAAGCAAUUUGCAAGUUUCCGUCAAACCACAAAAGGCAAGUACAAUGUCAGCCAGACCUUUAACACUGACGCAUGCGAAGGCCAUGGGGAGCGAUCUGAAAAAUUCGAGAGCCCUGAAGAUCGUCAGGAUAUGGACGUGGAGGAGACUUCGCUCAAACUACCUGUUGCUGCUGACAAAGGUGAAUCGAAUGAUAAAGAUGAUGAGAGAGAAGAAAAAGCGGACCUUAGGAAGAAAGAGACCGGUAAGCAGAAGAAAAAAGUGACGGUUCUAAGCUUCAAGCGCAACAAACAAAGUCUUAAAAAACCAAAAGGAAAAUCAAGUAAAAAAGAUGAAGAAAAAAGUGAAAUUAACGCGAGCGCUAAAAUUGGUGUGGGCAAAGAAACUAAUGACGUCAACCUUAUGGAUGGCGGUGCACUACGCAAGCAAGCCGACUUUGAAGAGAAAAUUUCAAACAACCGAGAAGAACGCAAAUCGAUUGUAGCGGAGGAAGAAGAUGCAACAGCAGAGGAGAAAUCGGGCUCUGUUGAAGAGAAACAGGGUAAUUCUCUCGAAAACGAAGAAAGCAACGCAGAAAAGGAAGACGGCUCCGCAAAGGCACAUGAAGGGACAACGGAACUUUCACUGAAGAAAAGGAAGAAGGAGAAUAUUUUGCGUCGUUCAUUGAGGAAGUUUACGAAUCCAAGUUCUGUUCCACAUGGGAAGAAAAAAUCGAAAGGGGAUGAAAAAACUGUAAACGCAGAUAAGGGAGCUAGAAAGAGGAAUGAGGAGGAAGACAAGAAUGAAUGUUCUGGAUUGGAGGAAAGUGUUGAAGAACAAAGUGUCGCCCAAAAAGAUACUGAAGAAAAAUCGACCGAAUGCGAAGAAAAUUCGAAAGCAGUAAAGAGAAAGAAAGAGUUAACAGACAGCAAUCGAGAGUUGAAAAGGCAGAGGGAAGAUCAUGAAAUUGAGAUCCAAGACAAAGAUGCGCUCGGAGAAACAGCUGAUGUUGUUGUGGUUGUUGAAGUAAAGCAAGACGCAAAAACCUCUGAAGUAAAAUCAAACGUGGCAGACGAUUUAGAGAAUGGGACAACAAAAGAGCGCAAUCAAGAGAAAGAAAAUAGCGCUGAUGAGUUGAACUGUGAAGGAAACAAAGAGUUGUCGCCACAAAAGAACAAAACCGAUGAACAGGAGGAAGUCAAAGCUGACGUUGAAAUUUCUCAAGAGAUUAUUGCACGCGAAGCUAAACAAAUUGAAACAUCUGCUGAAGGUCUAGGAGGGCGUGUAGUCGAAGUACGAGUUGUUAUUGACGAACAGGCGAAGAAAAAUAAAGAAGAAGAAACUAAGGCUGAAGAAACCAAAGGCAGCAGUGACGAGGGAAAUGCCUUCACCGAAAUCCAAAGGCAGACAAGUGAAACUAAAUCUGAAAGUCGCCACCGCCAUCUUGACGGAUACGACUCGGAUCUUACAGUGGUCACUGCUUUGGCUUAUCCGUUUACCGAAGACGAUGAAUUGUCGGAAAGCGACACAUCGGGAACCGAUGCAAACACCGAAGAUGACGAAAUACAAGCCAUUGCCGAGGUACAUGUAAUACCUCCGGAAAUUGAGACAUCCGCAGUAGAAGGGCUAGUGGAAACUACUACCAACCCCGAUACCGAAGACGAAGAAGUACGAGUUAUUAACGAAGGAGUAUCUUCGGAAACGGGGGUACUACGAGACGGAAACGAAGGCAAUGCGAAACUAGUUCCUGGGGGUGAACACGAAGUGGACACCCCUACCCAAAGCAAUGAAUUGGAAAAUACAUUGACGGCAGAGGAAGAGCCCGCCAUACGCGAAGAACAAAAUUCAGGGAAUGGAAGUACUGCGCAGAGUUUACAAAGUUCAUUUCAGAAUCCUGCAGAAGAAUGGAUCAUGGUACAUCGGCUCGACGUGACUGAAGAGAUUGCACUUCGUCUUAUGACCGUACUCCCUCGGAUCUGUAAGCUGAGGAGGAAUGUAUCAUGCUGUACGGUCAUGUGACGGGGUGGAACACCGCUAGUGGUGUCUAACUGUUGAAUAAAUACUCGUUAAUCAGCGGUUGGAUUUAAAAGCCGCAAAAAAGGAACAAAUUACUUUCUGGAAUCACUCAUUGGGAGCUUCAAAGUACAUCAACAAGUCAAGUGAUCAUAUUUUGCGUGGAAAAAAAACGGAAAAUAAUUAGAAAAAACAAAAACAAUACAAAAAGAAAAAAAAGGGAACACGGGUUGUGCUUAAACUCAUUAGGUAUGUUCUGUAUGCAACUGUUAAGCUUACCUUGUCAAGAGAAUGGAAAAGAAAAACACUUCGCGUUGGGAGAUCGACUAGAGUUAGACAUUUCAUCAAACGGAAUCAAGGAAUAUUUAUUGCAAAAUUAUUUAACUUUAAGCUUGUAUUAUUAUUUUCUUUUUCACUGACGUCGCCUGCAUAAGAGCCGAAUAAAAAAGUAAACUAAGUGUAUGGCAUAUUCUCAAGGUUUACUACGUAAAUAAUGCUGCUAAGGUUUGUCGUAAGGGGGGAAAUUAUAUUUCAAAAGUGAUCAACUAGCUUUUUCACAACUUAUGUCUUUUCGCUUCCUUUUCUGGACUAGAAUUCUUGAUAAUAAAUUUGGAGACUAGAAGCUUUCAGCUUAUGUUUCGUUAUAGUGGAGCAUUAAGAGACUAAGUUUUACAAGUAAGUGAGCGCAUUAUGGUAACGUGAAAAAACAGUCAACAUGCGAUGGGCGGAUUAGCCUA